CAACCGCCGCCGAGCGCAGCUGCGACAGCACCAUGGAAGAGGUCAACGUGCUAAUCCUUGGUGGGCUUACGCACCUCGCACGGCCGUUGCUCACGUUUCUGGUGAAUCGCUCGCCCGACGAGAAGCCGAGGGUGGCCAAGAUCAGAGUCGCCGACAAGCACCUUCUCGCUGGCCAAACGCGGACAACGUACAUUGACUCAGAAACAGAGGCGGCGCUCCAGGAUGCGAGGGUCGAAUACCGCCAAGCAAACCUCAAUACGCCAGCUACGGCGUCGAGUGUUUUUAAACUCGAAGCCGGAUCCGUAUUUGACUUCGUCUUUGACCUGACGGGUGAGGGCAUCCUCACGACUGAAUCACCGGCCAACGUCCUGCUCGAGCGAACAACGAAGCUAGCAGGCCUGCUGGCGAGUGAAGCAAAGGCAAACGGUGCACGAGCUUACAUCAGGGACACGCCGCCCUUUUGGACGUCGAAGCCAGACGAAGGCGCGGCCAAGGAGGGCGACGUGGCCAAACGGAGCCUUCCCAAGGACCCAAGGACCUACUUCUACUACGAGGCCGAGCGGGCCGUGGCCAAUAUCGACGAUCUGCCAGUCGUGCUGCUGCGGUCGGCCGCCGUCUGGGGACCUAACCAAUACUAUGGCCCAGUCUCGCCGCGAAUAGCCUUGGGCGAUGUGUAUGCGUUCCUCCAAGAGCCCAUGAAGGUGCUCUGGAGCCCUGAGAUGCGUCUUAAUACCCUACACGCCCAUGACUGGGUCUCGGCCGCCUGGUCCAGCGCGCUGUGGGCCUCGUCUCGCGACCGAGCCCAGGGCAAUGCUGAGGCGGGUGAGCGCCUGCCACCGCUGCCGAUCAAGGAGAAGACAUCGGCCGUCGACACGGAGGCGGACCACGAGCGGUGCUGCCCUCGUGCCAAGACGCCCGUGGCGCCCGUGAUGAACCUGGUCGACGAUGAUGACACAACGACUCGCAAGCUCCUCGACGUCGUUUCCGAGCUAUUUGGCAUCGAAACGGGCUUCACAAACGCUGCUGUCAAUGCCUGGGCCAAGGUCAACCUGAGCGGAGUCGCAGACGACAUCAACGAAAAGCACGUGGAAGCCCUCGACAAGAUGCGCAAGCAACAGGGAGAAGGGACAGGAGAGGCCGGCGCCGAGGGCAGGAAGCCAUGCCCCAUUGAAGUGUACCUGCCCGUUCAGAGCCUAGUACAGCGCUCCAUCCACCUCGACGGAACAAAGGCGAGAAAGGUGCUUGGGGAGUGGAAGUCGAAGCAGAGACUCGACAAAGAUUCCGUCGAGGCAGUCGUCAAGAGCUUCAAGGACAACGGCGCCUGGAUCCGCAAGUGAUAAUUCACCAUCUUUCUCUAAUGACACAAAAUACACUACCGCAUGCUUAUCUACCCUGUCGCAGUCACAGGACCAAGCCUGGGCUUGCAUCUACACUCGAAUCCUUAAUUCAAUUGCAGCAAUCUACACUACAUGAGAUCCUCAUCGU